CAUGAAUCAUUGGCAUUUUCUUUGUUUUUGCUUUUUUCAGGGUGUAAGAGCAAUCCUAGAACCACAAAGUCAACUCAAACUCAAGACUCUUCAUUUCAGGGACUGCUAAGGAAAAGACUCAAAAAGGAUGAGCCCUGGAACUUCAUAUCAGAAAAACCCUGCAUAUAUGAAGACAGAUUAAAGAAACAGGACAGAAAUGAAAGUUUACAAAUAAUUUCAGUGACCCAUAAGAAAAUCCUCACUGUAGAAAGAAGCCUUAUUGAAUUUGGCCAAAAUUUCAGCCUGAAAUCAGUCUUUGUUAAGCAGCAGAGGGUUGCUAAAGAAAAAAUACCGUCAAAAUAUGAAAUACAAAGAAGUAGCUUCAAGCAGAAUUCAAAUUUACUUAACCAACCAAAAAUCAAAACAGCUGAGAAGCGCUAUAAAUGUAAUAUAUGUGAAAAAGCCUUCAUUCACAAUUCAUCCCUUCGUAAACAUCAGAAAAACCAUACUGGAGAGAAAUUAUUUAAAUGUAAAGAAUGUUUGAAAGCCUUUAGCCAAAGUUCAGCUCUUAUUCAACAUCAAAGAACUCAUACUGGAGAGAAGCCCUAUAUAUGUAAACAGUGUGGGAAAGCCUUCAGCCAUAGUGCAUCCCUUUGUAAACACCUAAGAACACAUACUGUGGAAAAAUCCUAUCGGUGUAAAGAAUGUGGCAAAUCCUUCAGCAGAAGGUCUGGCCUUUUUAUACAUCAAAAAAUCCAUGCUCGAGAAAAUCCCCAUAAGUAUAAUCCAGGUAGGAAGGCAUCUAGUUGCAGCACGUCCCUUUCUGGGUGUCAGAGACAUCAUUCCAGAAAGAAGUCCUAUUUAUGUAACGAAUGUGGCAACACCUUUAAGUCGAGCUCAUCCCUUCGUUAUCAUCAAAGAAUUCACACUGGAGAGAAACCUUUUAAAUGUAGUGAAUGUGGGAGAGCCUUCAGUCAGAGUGCCUCUCUCAUUCAACAUGAAAGAAUUCACACUGGAGAAAAGCCGUACAGAUGUAAUCAAUGUGGGAAAGGCUUCACUUCUGUUUCACGUCUUAAUAGACAUCAAAUAAUUCAUACUGGAGAGAAAUUAUAUAAUUGUAAUGAAUGUGGUAAAGCCUUAAGUUCCCACUCGACACUUAUUAUUCAUGAGAGGAUUCAUACUGGAGAGAAACCGUGUAAAUGUAAAGUGUGUGGGAAAGCCUUCAGACAGAGUUCAGCUCUCAUUCAACAUCAGAGAAUGCAUACUGGAGAAAGACCCUAUAAAUGUAAUGAGUGUGGGAAAACAUUCAGGUGUAACUCCUCCCUUAGUAAUCAUCAGAGAAUUCAUACUGGAGAGAAACCAUAUCGAUGUGAGGAAUGUGGGAUAUCUUUUGGCCAAAGUGCAGCUCUUAUUCAACAUCAAAGAAUUCAUACAGGAGAAAAACCCUUUAAAUGUCAUACGUGUGGGAAAACUUUUAGACAAAGCUCAUCACUUAUUGCCCAUCAGAGAAUUCAUACUGGAGAGAAACCCUAUGAAUGUAAUGCAUGUGGGAAACUCUUCAGCCAGAGGUCAUCCCUUACCAAUCAUUAUAAAAUUCAUGUUGAAGAGAACCCCUAGAAAGUAGAUUUUCAUGUGUGAGAGCCUUAGACCAAAGCUUAUCAGAGAAUACGUACUUGAGAUUGAUUUAAUAAAGUAAUGAAUGUGAGAAAACUUUCACUUUUAGUUUAGUCCUUAUCAAGUAUUAAAACCGAAGGAUAAACCUUGAGUGUAUAAUAAAUAUGGGGAAUACUUUCAUAGCUCUCAGUCACUUUUUAAAAUAUCUUGAGACAAAUAAUUCACAAUGCAAGUAUUGCUUUUGGCCAUUUGUAAGAUAAAAGAUGGAUUUUUUUCUAUUUAUAUAGCACUGUAUGCUAUAUACAGUAUGUAAAUGUGAGAAAACUGAGUACAGGGGUGCUGGAUUUCUCCUUAGACAGACCAACUGUGUAAGUUAGUAGCAUAUUUAUUAUAACAUUUAAAUAGCAAACAAAAGAAUUGAUCUUAAAAUACAUGCAUUUUUAGAACAAAGGACCAAAUAAAAGAUAAAAACAAACUGUAAACUACCUCUUAGUCUCUGGAAUUUGCCUUUUCCUAACCUGUUGUCAAACUUUGUGCAUGGAUUUCAUUAAAAAAGAGAAAUAAAAUCUGUUUUCUCCCUC